GUCUAAUGCUUUCUGUGUGGUUUUGGAAAGAUGGGGAGGGGAAGGGAGGAGGAAAGGAUGGAGGAAGGGAGAUCAAACAUUCUGUUCUCCAGCUGGUUUGAGGUUUUCUGUAGGUAGAUAAGGACACUUGACAUCUUCCUUCUGGGGACACUUUUCCAUGAAGAGGUACUAUGGAAUUACAUCAUUAUUCAGAGACCUAGAAUUACCAGUUUUGGUCUUAGAUGAUCACUUAGGAUUAGCCAAGAAAAUACAACAGCGUAAUUUCUGACCCUGGUCUGAAAUGUCUUUGUGGUGUCAACGUUGUUCAGACUGACAUCUGCCACAAGAUCUACAAGGUAUUCAGCAGGCAAACCACAGGAAGGAUAUUUAAUGUCAAGAGAGAAGAAAAUGACCUAGACUCAGCCUGCUGCUGUUAGAUGCACACUUUCAUUAAUUAGCUUCAUUAAAGAACUAGACUUGGAUGUAUCUUGGAAACAAUAAGAAAUCAGUGUUUCCAACAUCAUACAAUAAAUAUACAGGACUUGUGAGUGACUUUUUUGGUGUUCUUUUCCAUGGUCUACCAAGGUCAGAGAAGGAUUUCUUCACUUUCAUUACAGUGGAAGGCAAAAUUGUUGAUGUUUUGUCAUUUAUUCAUUAGAGGCGUAUCUGCACCUUGCAGUCUUCAUGUAGACAUCGUCAAUGACACAGGGCAAUGUAAUUUAGCCUUAGGAAAUAUACUUUACAAGCUGAAAUUAGGCAGCAAAUUGCCUGCCAUUCCCUGAAUUCCUGGAGAGAGACUUAUUUCUGGAGGAUGGGGUCAAUCGCUUUCUUGCAGAUGACUGCAGCAGAGAGGUAGAAUGAGCAGAAGGAUGGAGCAGACUUAGAGCUUGAGUGGCACUCAUAUGUCCAUGCCCUCUUCAAAUCAAUCAGAAAUUUACUUCAUGGUAGAUGGAGUGCUUGUAGCAGAGGAUAGUGCUGCAUUGGUUCUUCUAAAGACUAAGAAACCACUUAACCACUGAGUCUUCCUUCCUCCUCACAGCAGGCUUGGUUCACAGAAUUAGAGGCUGCUUCAUCUGCCUUCUACUGUGAGUCAGGUUCUGAUAAUUUGCUGCCACAGGAAAGUAGGUGGUGAAGAAGUGAGCAAGGGCUGUACCUUUUCCAUUUGCUCCCUACAGAUGUUCAGGGAAGAGGCAGCCUUGCUAAUGAUAUUGGUCAGGCAGCUGCUCUCCCCACAUAAGGAAAGAGAAGGUGACUUUGAACUCAGUGAUGUUCCUGUUGUGAAACUGGGCUACAAGAGAGAACAGGGUGUUCUGAAGGAGAUGAUGCUUUUUUGGCUUCCGUAGUCUCCUUCACGAUGUUGAGUCAGGGCAAUCCAUGGUUUCAAUACAGGAUGGAAGAUGACUUCAUCAUGGAAGACAAUAUAAGGAAGAAUUUCUUCACCACAAGAGCCGUGAGGCACUGGAUCAAUUUGCCCAGGGAAGUCACGGCUGCCCCAUCCCUGGAGCUGUUCAAGGCCAGGUUGGAUGGGCAGCCUGAUCUAGUGGGAGGUGUCCCUGUCCACAGCAGGGGGGUUGGAACUGGAUGAUCUUUAAGGUCCCUUCCAACUCAAACUAUUCUAUGACCUGACUGAGAGCAACCCUGAGAAGGGCUGAGCAGGAGGAGGAGUUGGGUUGCUGGUGGAUGAGAAGUUGGACAGGAGCUGGCAAUGUGCUCUCACAGCUCAGGCCACCAACCACAUCCUAGGCUGCAUCAGAAGAAGCGUGGCCAGCAGGUCAAGGGAGGCGAUUCUGACCCUCUAUUUUACUCUUAUGAGACCUCACCUGGAUGCCUGUGUCUAGUUCUGGAACCCCAAACAUAAGAAGAAGAUGGAGCUGUUGGAGCAGGUCCAGAAGAGGCCAUGGAGAUGAUCCAGGGGCUGAAGCAUCUCUGCUGUGAGGACAAGCUGAGAGAGUUGGGGUUGUUCAGCCUGGAGAAGACAAGGCUGUGGAGGUCUGUCUGUGGUCACUCAUGAUGAAUACUUCAGCUAUAUCAGUCUUCCUUCCAACCGCAACCAGUCAGACACUUGGGACUAACCAGAGUGAGACUGUGGGAAAGACAGAGGCAUCAUAUGCUGUUCUGAAGUUCAUGGAGAGCUUCUGCCUCAUUAGUGCUGCCUGUGGGAUGGUGGGAAAUGGCAUGGUCAUAUGGUACCUUGGCUUUCGCCUCCGGAGAAACCACUUCACCGUCUACAUACUGAACCUGGCCGCUGCCGACUUUGGGUACCUCCUCUGCAUCGCCAUUGAGACAGUUCAGUACCUGAUGCAGUUCAACGUUGGGGUGCAGUUUGGGUUAUUCCUUUUCCUGGAUCUUUUCAUGUAUGGGACUGGCUUAUAUCUCCUGACAACCAUCAGCAUUGAGAGGUGCCUGUCUGUCCUUUGUCCAAUCUGGUGCCGAAGCCACCGCCCAAAGCACUUGUCCGCUGUCAUCUCUGGCCUGCUCUGGUGUCUCUCCCUGCUGCUGAACAUGCUUGGCUAUGUUUUGUGUACCGUUCGGCCCUCUGCCAGGAGCUGCCAUCUCUUGCUCAUCACCAUCGGAGCCUUGGACUUCCUCUUCUGCACUCCCCUCAUGCUGCUCUUCAGCCUGACCCUCUUCCUUCGAGUCAAGUGCAGCUCCCAAAAGCUCCGAACAGGUAGACUCUUCAUCGUCAUCAUGCUCACCGUCCUCUUCUUCCUCAUUUUUGCUGUGCCUCUGAGCAUCCUGAUCCUCUUUGACUUCUUGGGCUACAAAUUUCUCUACUCCCCAGAGAUCGGCUUCGUGUUGUCCUGUGUGAACAGCACCCUCAACCCUGUCAUUUACUUCCUUGUGGGGAGCUACAGGGAUAGAAGGAUCAAGUUCACUCUCAGGCUAGCAUUCCAGAGGGCCUUUGAAGAUUCGGCAGAUGACAAAGAUGAACGGGAAACCCAUGAAACUGUAACUAUGUCCUCCUAAUAUCCUGCUGUCCCAAAUGCAGCAACAUUGCUCUGGAGCUGAAGGACAAUAGUUUACAGCAUUGAAGAACUCUGAGCUAUCGGGGAAGGUUUCUCUCAUCUAACCUUCAGUGUCUUCAGGGUAGACCUCUACCCUUUAGCCGGUUAUUUUAAGCUCCAUCUGUGGUCAGUGAAAACACAUACACACCUGGACGACAGAAGUUAUCUGACCUGUAUUAGGACCACUUUGAAAGUGCCUGUUUCUUUUCAGUGGCCGUUGAAUGAUUUCAAUUUGAUAAGGUGAAAUAUCUUGAUGUCUGCACUUCAUCCAAGGAAUCCCACGCAGGGUUUGCAGCUCAUUUGAUAGAUCUGUCUGUCAGGGCACAAUGAUAUCAAAUUGUUAUCAUUCAUUCAAUGGUAUCAAAUUCAUGUCUGUCACUUUUUAUUCAAAUCUCUGAAUUUCUGGUGGGAAACAAUCCUCCUCCCAUUGAAGACAACCACAAAAUUCCUGGAAGGAGAGUCUGUCUGUCUCACAAGUGAAUACUUGUAUCUCAGAAACACGUGCAACUGUUUGUGGCUCACAGAGUGCACGAUUCUUCGCUUCCUAAUAUGAGCAUUUCAAGUAGUGAAAAUGUUCCUGUUAUAGAAGUUCCUUUCUUCUACCAACCAGGGUGGUUUCCAUACCAGAGUUGUGAUGUAGUAGAAAAGGGUUCCAACUCCUACCAACUUGCCUUACAACCUCAAGCAUUGAGUUACCUGUUCCCUUUUCUUGUGUUUCAGAGAAAUAUAGGGCUGGAGUUGCCUAUUAUUUUAGCUUCCCCCAGUCCAGGACAGAGUGUCCGCACCAACCUACAGCAUGCAUUGGGUCAUUAUUUCUUCCUUUAAGAAGGACAGAUGAUAAGAACCUAUGGCUUUGAACAUCUCUACCAAUAGAUGUAAAAUCAAGGAUAGGGAAAACCAGGAAAGAGAAGAAGAGUAAAUAAAUAACACGAUUUGCAAUAAAUUAUUCACCAGACCAAAUCCAUUAGGAGAGAAGAUGGGAUUAUUUGAAGUGUUGUACUGUCAGACUGCACAACAUUUGCUCUUUUAACAUAAAUUGAAACAAAAGGGCAACGCAGGUAACGCUCUUUGAAGAACCUCACAAGUUUCCUCUUCAUGAAAAUAUUUUCCUGAAGGGAAGCUGCUUUCUUUUGUUCUUGAUUGUGUUUUUUCUGUUCAUUUAUCUUUUUAUUCAUUUUUAAAUGCACCAUUUAGAAAAUAAUGGUUUGCCCUGAUGUUUGGAGUUGCUUUUUGCUCUGUUUGCAGUUCCUGAAAGCUGAAAUUUGAGUUCCAUUUCUCCUAUUCUUUAAUUGUUAAUGCUAUUAUUCUGCGAUGUACAUAUAGCUGAUUCAGACUACAUCUAUGCUAUUAAUCAUAUUUAGUAAGGUUUAUUUUCUUCAAACUUCUACUGCUGAGGGGAAGAGAGCAUCCAUUUAUGAGAAAACAUGUUCAAAAUGUUUUUCUUUUAAUAUCUGUAAUGAUUUUAUCAUUGGAAGAACCAAAACAUUUCCGUUAUUAUUAAAAAUGUCAAAGGGUCUUUUUUUUGAAGGAAAAUAAAUUGUAUUUAAAAACAUCACUGUGCUCAGCAGAAGCUAUCAAUGAUAAAAACAUACAGAAUAUAAACCAUAAAACCUUUCCAUCGUGUUAGUUUGUCCUUAAAUAUCCCCACCAUGAAGACACCUAGCAUUUACUGUGAACAAUUUUACACUUCACAUAAAUACAAACACUUCACAUCCAACCUUGGACAUUUAGAUUCAUAGAAUCCCUAGGUUGGAAAAGAUUUUUGAGAUCAUCAAAUCCAACCAUUCCUGUCCACUACUAAAUUAUAUGUCUAAGCACUUCAUCUCCCCGUCUUUUAAACACCUCCAGGGAUGGGGACUUAAUCACCUCCCUGAGCAGCCUCUGCCACUGCCCAAGAAACCUUUCAGUAAAGAAGUUUUUCCUGAUGUACAAUAUGAACCUCCCCUGAAGCAGCUUGAGGCCAUUCCCUCUCAUCCUAACACUUGGGUGAAGACACCAACACCCACCUCUCUGCAACCUCCUUUCAGGCAGUUCUAGACAGUGAUGAGGUCUCUCCUCAGCCUCCUCUUCUUCAGGCUAAACCACCCCAAGUCCUCCAGCUGCUCCUCAUAAGUCUUGUUCUCCAGCCUUCAGAUAAACCACCAUUGCAGACACCGCAACCACCUCAAUCACGAUAAGACAGGUGUUCUCAGCAGUGGUAUCUGCCAGAUAUUUGCAGCGUAUCUCCUGUGGUCCUGUGGUCAGUGAUGCAAUCUGCAAGGAGAUGGGGACCCUUUGCAGGAUUUUUCACCCUGAACUAACACCUAUAAGGUCCCUUCCAGCUCAAACUAUUCUGUGACUGCGUGAACUCCUGACAACAGAGGUGAGAAAAGAUUAUUCACAGUGUGACACCUGAAAACUGAGGGACAUUUGCCCCCUGGAGCCAGCUCCUGACCAUUUCAAAACAUGCAUAGCCACAUUGUUAAACUCCUUUCCUCCUGUCUGCUUUGUAAGUGGCACACAGUGAGAUCGUUUCCUGUCAGCAGUAUUUCUGUUAAUUACCAUGAAUGAAUCAUAGAAUCAUAGAAUAGUUUGGGUUG